GGUCGCACGAAGAUCAACUGUGAUACGCCACCGCAAAGUCACCAACCAUGCCUACCGUUAGCGUUGGCAGAGAUCGCCUCUUCAAAGCAUUGGGCCGCACCUACACCGAAGAAGAGUUCGACGAUUUAUGCUUCAAGUUCGGCAUUGAGCUCGAUGAUGUGACAACAGAAAAGGCCAUUUUACGAAAAGAGAAGCAUUUAGAUGAGGAAAAGCCAUCUGAAGAUGAGGAAGUGAUUUAUAAAAUUGAAGUUCCAGCCAACAGAUAUGAUUUGCUUUGUCUCGAGGGGUUGGCUCAAGCUCUGCGCAUAUUUGAAGGGCUUGAUCCAAUACCUACCUAUAGUUUGGCAAACAUCAGUCAGGAAUCUAUGCUCAAAAUGCAUGUUAAAUCAGAGACAUCAAAGAUUCGCCCAUAUGUCGUGUGUGCUGUUUUAAGAGGUGUUACAUUUGAUGAAGCUCGAUAUAAUAGCUUCAUUGAUCUUCAAGAUCGGCUUCAUCAGAAUAUCUGCCGGCGAAGAACCCUUGUUGCUAUUGGCACACAUGAUCUGGAUACGAUAGAAGGCCCUUUCACAUACGAGGCAUUACCACCACCGGAGAUAAACUUUAUUCCACUGAAACAGACGAAGAACUUCAGAGCUGAUGAACUAAUGCAAUUUUACAAGUCAGAUAUGAAAUUGAAGAAAUUCUUGCAUAUAAUUGAGAAUUCGCCGGUUUUCCCAGUCAUAUAUGAUCGUAGCAGAACUGUUUUGUCAUUGCCUCCAAUUAUUAAUGGUGCACAUUCCGCCAUUAGUUUGAAGACAAAGAAUGUCUUCAUUGAAUGCACUGCCACAGAUUUGACAAAAGCCAAUAUUGUUUUAAACACAAUGGUAACCAUGUUUUCAGUGUAUUGUGAAAGGAAGUUUGAGGUGGAGCCUGUUGAAGUCAUAUACGAUGAUGGAAAAUCAUACAUUUCCCCUGAUCUGUCUCUUUACCAAAUGAUGGUGAUGGUGAACUUAUCUUACAUCAGCAGUACAAUUGGAGUCUCUCUGCCAGCCCACGAGGUUGCUCGCUCGUUGAAUAAAAUGCAACUGCACGCAAAGCACUCUGUACUGGAAAAUAAUGAAACUGGUUUCACUAUAUCUGUUCCUCCGACAAGAAGUGACAUUCUUCAUCCUAUUGAUGUGGCUGAGGAUUUCGGAAUUUCUUAUGGCUACAAUGAAAUCCCAAAAAAAAAAUUUCCAUCCGUGAAGCCACAGAUAUUGAAUCAGUUCACUGAUCUUAUUAAAGAGGAGAUUGCCAUGGCUGGCUAUACGGAGGUCUUAUUAUUUAUACUAUGUUCAUACAAAGAAAAUUUCACCAUGCUUAACCGGAAGGAUGACAAGUCAACUGCAGUAAUAAAUGGAAAUCCUCGUACUGCAGAGUUUGAGGUUUCUCGCACAAGCCUUAUGAACGGAAUAUUGAAAAGUAUUGGGCAUAAUAAAGACCACCCAAAACCAAUUAAAAUCUUUGAAGUGGGUGAUGUGGUGCUAUUAGAUGAGACGAAAGAUGUUGGUGCAUCAAAUCGUCGCCAUCUUGCAGCUGUAUACUGUGGAGUUGCCUCCGGAUUUGAGCUGAUACACGGUCUUGUGGAUAGAGUAAUGGAAGUGACUGGAAAUCCAUUUGUAUCACCUGGGGAUAAAACAGGCUACUACAUACUCAGUUCAAAUGAGCCCGAGUUUCUUCCAGGUAGACAAGCAAGCAUCAUAUACAAAGGAAAGCAAGUUGGCACUUUUGGAAUCGUGCACCCACAGGUGUUGGAUAAUUUUGGCAUUCCAGACCCAUGCUCCUAUAUGGAAGUCGACAUCGAGAGUUUCUUGUGAAAACACCAAAAACCCCCCCUAUUCAUUCAUCUAGAGAAAAAUACCAUUUAAAAUUCCUACUCCCGUCCUCUUUUGUCGUAUUUAAUCUCAGUUAUUUAUUUGAAUGAAGAAAGUAAAUACCAUACAAAUCUUGUUUCUGCUUUGCUUUAGCACUUGGAUGUGAACAAUAGUUUUUUU